AUGCCUCCAGGGCACACAGCAGUCCCUUUCAGGGAAACCCAAAACGUCACACCUGUCAAGAGUUUUGAAAAAUAUGACUGCAAAUUUGCAAAACACUGUGUAACCCAUCACACUCAUUACCUCAAUCGUUUCUCAUGGAAACCCCAUGACCCACCGCGGGACCCCUGCAGGCGUGCAGGAGCCAGCCAGUCGCGCAGGCGCAGGGCCGGAGCGGGAAUCCGCCCCGCCUUCCCCGGGCCCCGCCCCCCACCCCUGCUUCAGUUCCGGGUUCUGUCAGUAGGGGCGGCCGCGGUCUGGACAGCGGCCAAAGCCGCGAAGCUGCGCGGCCCCGGUUUCCAGCCGGGCCUCUUUCCCGGCCGGGCCCCAGCAUGGCUGCCCCCAGGGACGCUGCGGGUGGGGACGGUGCCGCGUUGUCGCGUUCCUGACGGCCCCUGGCGUCUGUGCUCUCCUUCUCUUCCCCAGGCCACUCCAGCAGACAUGUUUGCCAAGGCCUUUCGGGUCAAGUCCAACACGGCCAUCAAGGGGUCAGACAGGAGAAAGCUUCGGGCUGAUGUGAUGGCUGCUUUCCCCACUCUAGGAACAGAUCAGGUCUCUGUGUUGGUACCUGGAAAGGAGGAGCUCAACAUUGUGAAACUGUAUGCUCACAGAGGGGAUGCAGUGACUGUGUACGUGAGCGGUGGUAACCCCAUCCUGUUCGAAGUGGAGAAAAAUCUGUAUCCGACAGCUUUCACGACGUGGCCUCCGGUGCUUGAAAAACUGGUGGGGGGAGCAGAUUUGAUGCUGCCAGGACUCGUGGUGUCCCCUGCUGGUCUGCCUCAGGUACAGAAGGGUGACCUCUGUGCCAUUGCCUUGCUGGGGAACAGAGUGGCUGCACCAGUUUGCAUUCUCACCAACAUUGCCAGAGGAUUUCCCUCUCUCCACAUCUUCACCAAUACCUGUUGUUUCUGUGUUGUUUAUGUUAGCCAUUCCGACAGGUGUGCGGUGAUACGUCAUUGUAGUUUUGAGUUGUACUUCCCUGAUGUUGAGAGAUGUCGAGCAUCUUUUUAUGUGUCUGUUAGCCAUCUGGAUGUGUUCUCCGGAAAAAGGCGUAUUCAUGUCUUCUGCCCGUUGCUUAACUGGAUUAUUUGUUGUUUGGGUGUUAAGUUUAUAUCUUGUUGUUGGGUGUUGAGUUCCUUAUAUGUUUUAAAUACUAAUCUUAUGAAAUUUUAAAAGAUUGGAAUUACUGAGAGUACAUCUCAGACCAAACAAAGUUAAGCAAGAAAUCAGUUAAAAAGAUAACUAGAAGAACCCCAAGUUACCAGAAAUCGACACUUUAGAAGACAAUCUUUUAAAAAAUUAAAGCAGGACUUCUAGGUUUUGUGGUGUGAUGAGCUUGGUGAACUCACUGAGCUUACUGAGGACAUUAAGAAAUAGACUCACACAUUUCCAGUUGCCUGAUUUAAGACAAAAGUCAGAGUGAAGCAGUGUAGUAGGAAAGCGGUGAUAUUUUCAGUAAAUAUUGCCCGAACAGUUGGAUAGCUAUAUUUGAAAAAUACAUCUGUCGCUCUUAAUACCAGAUACCAUACACAAAAGUCGAAUGAGUUGUAAAUGUGAAAGAGAAAACAGUGCUUUUGGGGGAAAUCAUUAUUGCAUCCUAGGACGAGGCAAGGAUGUCUUAAAUACGACACGAAAGGUACUAAUCCAAAUGGGAAACAAUUUUAAAUUUAAUUCAAUUUUAAAAUUAAGAAAACCUC